CCCCCGGGGUGUGUCCUGAGCUCAGUGCUGGUUGUGGUGAUAACAUGGCCACCUUAGCAACCGGGAGCACGGAGACCAGAGAGGCGGUGGUGCAGGACGAUGAAAGUUUUUCCAUUCCUGGUGGAGAUAGCGCUCGGAACUGGAAGCUGAAGGCUGAACAAGCCAAAAAAGCAGAAUUUGUCCGUGAAGCUGAAAAACUCAGACACCAAAUAGAUAUUUUGGAGAGGGACAAGAAUGGGCAUCUCUAUAGCAAGAAGAAUGACUCCAGGGUUGAGUAUAGUACACUUCAAGAGUAUGAGGAAAAGCUGGCCAACAGCAGGAAAGCAGACAAAGUUAAAACGGAACAACAACUGUCAAAAAUACAUAACCAUGUCAGACGGCUGCAGCUUCAGUUAAAAGAUGUCAGACCUUCUCCAGAGUUUGUUGAAAAGCUUAGAGAAAUGAUGGAAGAAGUAGACAAUGCAAUUUGUGCUUUUAAGGAAGAACAGAGGAUAAUUUAUGAAGAGCUUAUGAAAGAAGAAAAGACAACUGUUAUUGAGCUAAAUGCUCUGGAGAAAAAAAUCGAGGCAUCGUUCAGCACUGUUCAGGAAAAGUCCUUCAAGGUUCCCUCUGGUAAAGCACAGUUGGAUGCUAUGGACAACAGUCAGCUUCCAGAAGAAGUUGUGGCAUUUGAGAGGUUUCUCCAACAGACAGGUGGUCGCUUAGGAGGAUGGGAUGACUUUGACCACCAAAGCUUUCUAAAAGUUUGGACAAAGCACAAAGGCAAGCCCUCCUAUUUGGAAGAGGCCCUGGCAUACCUUCCAAGUAGGACAAGAGAGGAUGUUGAAAAACAUGAAACUUGGUAUAAGGAGUUUCUCUUCUUAGAAGAGAAAAAGAAAGAGUCUAUUCAGAAGUGGAAAGCUAAGAAACAACAGGAAAAAAUGGAAAUGUCAAAAAUGCAAGAGAAGACAAAAGACGUUUCAGAGUUUGAUCAGCUACAGCAGGAAGAGGCCCAGAGGCAAAAGCUGGAGGAGGAGAAGAGGAAGAGGCAACAAGAACUGGUGGCCUGGAAGAGGCAGAAGGAAAUAGAGGCUGCUGCAAAACUGGAGGCAAAAUUAAAGGAAGAGGAAGAGCGUCAGAGAAAACAGAGGAAGGAACGCCAGCGGCAACUAGAAGUCAAGCUUAUAGUUGAGGAAAAUGCAAGGAUCAGGAAGGAGCAGGAAGAGUUUCUAAGGCUGGAGGAAGAGAUGAGGGAGGAAGCAGAGCAUGAAGAGAGGAGAAGAAUAGCUGCUUAUGAGAUUUGUAGGUUUCAAGAAAGGGAUCAACAUAAAAUUGAGGAAAAGACAUUUGAAAAAAGAGCCAAAGAAGAAGCUGAAAAAGAGAAAGAGAGAAGACUGGCAAAACUAAAAGAAAAGGUGCAAGUUCAUGUUGAUAGAGAUCCUUCCAGACUCUGUAAGCUUACCAAAGGAUGGGAAGAGCGCUAUAAAAACAUAGGCCCAACAGGAUCCGCCCCACUAGCACAUAUUCCACACCGGGCUGUGCCAACAUGGAGACAAGGUUUAUAAGCUGUUAACAUGUGAGGCUUCUUGAACCACGAACGUCCAUUAAUGGCAGUGAAAGGACAUCUCCAACUUUUGCAGUGAUUCAUUUUCAUUAAAGGCUCAUUACU